AUGAAUAUGAUCGCUGAACAGAUCAUACGGAAUCGUCCAAAUAUUGCCUGCAAUGCGUGCUGCAUCCAUCGGUUUUCCUAUCAUGGCGAUAGCACUACGUUAGUCUCGGUAGCGUUGCAUCAAACGACGCAUCACGAAAUCUCCGGCUUUCUUUUGGUCCGAGCGACUGGAAAGAUCACUGCUUAG